AUGACGGCUGAAAUGCGUGACAUGAUCAACCAGUUGAUGGGGACAAAUCGAGCAGUAGAGGAAGGUCGACGUCUGGUACCUUAUAAUCAUCAUACUGUAUGUCGCGCUUUCCUUCUUGGUUGCUGUCCACAUGAAAUUCUGGCAGAUACUCGUCUUGAAUCGCUUGUCGCUUGCAAUAAGGUUCACGAAAGCGCCCACAAAGCUGAUUACGAGAAUGCUCAGAAGCAACGAGAUCAUUUUUACGAUAUUGAUGGCUUUGAGAGAUUGGAAGAGGCAAUCCGUAUCGUUGAUAAAGAAAUUGAACGGACUAAAGAGAAACUGAAAAAAGAUUGUGAAAAUGAAAUUGAUCAAGCAGAAAUCCUAAAGACACAGAUGAUUGGAGAAUUAGGAGAAAAAAUUGGAACGACAAUUGUGAAAAUGGAAGCAUUGGGAAAUGAGGGUAAGGUAGAGGAAGCGAUGGAAUUGUCGAAAACCAUCGAAGAAUAUAAAAGGAAGAAGCGAGAUCUUGAAAAUGACGUGCGAACUGUAUUGAAUACACCACAAGUAAGACUUCGUGUAUGUGAUAUGUGUGGCGCACAACUUAGUUUGAUGGAACAUGAAACACGUUUAGCUGAUCACUAUGGUGGUAAAAUGCACUGCGGUAUGGAAACUAUUCGCGAACAGUACAGCGAAAUGAAGAAAACAGUUGAAGGAAGACGUGCUGAAUGGAAGAAAGUUCGACUUGGUCUGGGAAGUCCAAGAGAUGAUAGAAAUGAUCGCGACAGGAGAGAUCGUGAUUAUCGUGCUCGAGAACGUGACUAUGAUUCUCGCGACCGAGAAAGGGACAGAGAGAGAGAUCGAGACCGUGAUCGUAAUGGAGAUCGCUUGCGUGACAGGGAUCGUGAACGAAGACGCAGUCGCUCGGCACGACGUAAGUCUCGUUCUCCUCGCUCUACUCGUGAUCGAGACCGGGAUUCACGACGAAACGACCGCGAAAGACGUCGAAGCCGUGAUCGCCGAUAA